AUGCAGGGCCUAGAAGCCCUGAACAGCGGAGCAGAGAGCUGCGGAAUAUACAGUGACUCACGAGCUGCUUUGCAGACAGUGACCAAUCCCGGGUCUAUGCACUCCCUCGCAAUCGAGGCGCGCCGAAACCUCAGCGUGGCCUUGACCCGUGGCAAAGCUGUGACCUUGUUCUGGAUCAAGGCCCACGCCGGCAUCGAUGGCAACGAGCGCGCCGACGAGCUUGCAAAAGAAGCAGCACUUUCGAGUCGGAGGAAGCCUGAUUAUGACCGGUGCCCGAUCUCAUUCGUCAAGGGGGAUCUUCGAAGCGACUCUCUUGACGAAUGGAACAGGAGGUAUAAAACGGGCGUGACGGCCUCCGUCACGAAAGUGUUCUUCCCGGAUGCGAGGGAGGCAUAUCGCUUGGUGCGCAAAAUACAGCCGCAGGGCAUCGUUACUAGCAUCUUUACGGGCCAUGGGGGGUUCUCCCAAUACACACCGCUUCAAGUGUCGGAGAGCCCGUCAUGCGUCUGCGACCCUGCGGUUGAAGAGUCUGUCCAGCACAUUUUAUUUGAGUGUCCAGUGUUUGGGGCUAAACGCUACAACCUCGCCCAAAAAAUAGGAAACAAUGUGACGAUCGGCGAAGCCUACGGGCUCGUCGCAAGCAAAAGAACAAGAGCCGAAUUUAUGGAAUAUGCGGAAGCCAUAUGUAGGACUGUAGUGGAAAGGAACGCAUCGGACUAA